AUGAAGCGCGUCCAUGAUGCGGCUUGCCUGUACUGCCAACACCCGGAGGACACUGCGAAACACACGAUCUUCAAUUGUCCUUACUGGGAUUCGCUUCGGCUACCAGUGAAGAUGUUUGUUGGUAACCGAAAUUUGACCCCGGGUGACGUUCAGAAUUUAUUGUGCGGCCCCUCUGAUGUCCCGUCCAGCGAGAACGGCUGGCUACAGGCUGCCUCCCAACGCACCACCCAGUCAUUUUACAAUAUGGUUGACAACAUUUUAAGCUGUAAGGAGUAUGAUGAAAUGAUAGCCGAGACCGAACGAAGAGCGAAUGCAUUGGCAGCCACUCCAAUUGACUGA